AUGCUUUCUCUCACAUCUUACAAUAUUACUACUGCUGGAAAGCGUUCUGCUAGAUAUCUUUCCCUGACUUCUGAUCUUGCCAAAUUAUUGGAAACCAAACCGUUACAUCCUGUUGUGGUGGUCGGUGGUGGUCAUGCAGGAGUUGAAGCUGCUACAGGCUCUGCCCGCACAGGUACAUUACUUAAAGAGGUUGAUGCGUUGGAUGGCAUUGCUCCUAGAAUUGUCGAUAAGUCUGGAAUACAAUUCAAGAUCUUGAAUAGAUCACGGGGAGCGGCUGUUUGGGGUCAUCGGGCUCAAAUUGACCGGAAAUUGUAUUUGACUGAGAUGCAGAAAUUUUUGAAGGGUUAUCCUAAUCUUAAAAUAUUACAAGCAAGAGUUGAGGACCUAAUUCUUGACCCAUCCACAAAUGAAGCCGGAGGUAAGAUAGACUAUAGCGCAAAAAUUUGUGGAGUGGUCUUGUCUGAUGGAGACAUUUUGCGCUGUGAAAAGGUUGUGAUAACAACAGGUACCUUUUUGAGCGCAGAAAUACACCUUGGGUUAGAUACUUGGCCUGCCGGAAGAAUAGGAGAAGAUCCGUCUUAUGGUUUGAGUAAGACCUUCCGUGAGGUAGGAUUUCGUUUAGGGAGAUUGAAAACCGGAACUCCUCCGAGAAUAUCUGCUAAAACUGUUGAUUACUCGAAGGUUGCGCAAGAGCCAGGCGAUAGUCCUCCAGAACCAAUGAGUUUUCUCAAUGAAAAUCCAGAGAUUGAGCAUCAACUUCUAUGUUAUUCGACGUACACUACCCCGGCCAUGCACAAACUAAUACUGUCAAAUCUGGACAAAAGUGUUCAUAUUAGGGAAACAGUCAAAGGUCCUCGAUAUUGUCCUUCUAUUGAAUCUAAAUUAUUAAGAUUCUCCGAUAAACCCAGACAUAGAGUGUGGUUAGAACCUGAAGGAUUGGACACAGAUGUGAUGUAUCCAAAUGGAAUCUCAUGUACGAUGCCUCCCGAUAUUCAAGAUGCCAUGCUCAAAAGUAUCAUUGGACUCGAGGAAGUGAAAAUGCUCCAACCGGGUUACGGUGUUGAAUACGACUAUGUUGAUCCAAGAGAAUUGAAAAGAACACUGGAGACUAAAACAAUUUCAGGCUUAUACCUAGCGGGCCAAAUCAACGGCACGACAGGCUACGAGGAGGCUGCUGCUCAAGGCAUUGUGGCAGGUAUCAACGCAGGCUUGCAAUUCCAAAAUAAGACGCAACUCAUUUUGGAUCGAUCUGAUGGCUAUAUUGGAGUACUUAUCGACGACUUGAUUACAAAAGGUGUUGAGGAGCCGUACAGAAUGUUUACCUCAAGAUCAGAGUUCAGAAUAAGUGUACGUGCUGAUAAUGCAGACCUGCGACUCACGCCUAAGGGACAUGAAUUUGGUUGUAUAUCUGUACAACGCUGGGAUCAUUUUAAUAAAGAGAAUAAGCUCUAUCAAGAGAGCCUGGAGUUUCUCAAUGAUUAUAGGCUUCCAUCACAAGAGUGGGCCAAACUCGUACCUGGUCUAAGAAUUAGGACAGAUUCAAGUUACAAAUCUGCAUUUGAAUUACUUCGGUAUGAAAACAUAUCACUAGACUGCUUGAUUCCCGUUUUACAGAAUAAAUCUCUUGAAGCGCUCCCGCGCAAAAUAAAACAAAAAAUCGAUAUUCAUGGAGAUUAUCAAGGCUACCUAGGUAGGGAAAAUGCACAGAUAAGAGCAUUCAAAAGUGACGAGAAUCUGGUCCUUCCAAUGAACUUUGAUUACACCAGUAUGUCAUCUCUUUCCUCAGAAGCAAGGGCUCUGCUUAACGAAGCAAAACCUGAAACGAUUGGACAAGCACGGAGAAUUCAAGGCAUUACUCCCGCAGCAAUUUUCGACCUCUAUCGUUUGGCCAAACGCGUUUGA